AUGGCUCCUAAUACGGAGAUAAUUGGAAUAGUUCAAGAACUUGAGACGUAUCUCCAGCUGGUCAAGUAUCAUCCGGAUGAAACUUCCGAGACUCGCGGACAGAGGCGCCAUCUGGAGGAAGAGCUUGCGACUGCUCCUCUCUUCUCGUCUCUCAUUCGCUUCACGCUCUAUAACAAGAGCCAGGGAAAUGCAAAGAAGGCUGAAUACUAUCAGCAGUAUGGCUUGCUGGGCGUUCGGGUCUCCGUUCAUCCGAUUCUCUGCCUCGAGAAUCACCUCGUUUACACCAACAUCGUUGCUCCGUGGUCUGCAUUUGUCUGUUGGCAGUCAGAGCAGCGGUUAGAGUCAUACCAUCUCUGUGCUUUUGAAGUUCUCCCGUGGGCAAGCUGA